AUGGCAUUGGUUAGUUCUAAAGAAUCGGACAGGUGGAAUCUUUUCCCUUUUGAGGAGGAAGAUGAUGUAACCCAGAAAUGGGUUACCGCCAUUCAAACACUGCUUUCAUUAUUCAGAAUCCAUGUCCAUAUUCUGCUUCUUUUUCUCCUCCUCUUCUCAAACCUUCACUCUCUCUCUUUUGCUGAUAAUUACUACAUCAAUUGUGGCUCAGAUGCUAAUGUGAGCCUCACUACUGGCCAGAAUUUUGUUGCAGAAUCAAAGUCUGGUUCCUCUUUCUCCAAAAGCAACGCCAUCGCAGACACGAACCAGUUGUCAGCUUCACUAUCAGCUCUCUACCAGACAGCAAGAGCUUCCAGUGAUCCUUUCUACUAUGAGUUCAAGGUCACUGUUGGUACUUAUCUGGUACGCCUGCAUUUCUUAGCCUUUUUUUCCACCUCAAGUAAUCUCUCGGCAGCUGUUUUUGAUGUUCUGGAUUCUACAAAAUUCACACUGUUGAACAAUUUCAGUGCCAAAAGUAGUACUAGUUCUCCUUUGAUAAAGGAGUUCUUUCUAAGAAUUGAUAGUACCGAGUCAUUUAGACUGUAUUUUACACCCAGGGCAUCAUCUUUGGCUUUUGUCAAUGCUAUUGAAUUCUUCGCCGUCCCUCCAGAUUUCACCAACUUCAUCCCUGAGAAUUUCACCAGUAAUAAUAGCCCUUUACAGACAAUUUACAGAGUGAAUGUUGGGGGCCCUUCAAACAAUGAUACAUUGUGGAGAAGCUGGGAAACAGAUGACACUUACCUGCUCGAUCCAAACUCUGCUAAGGAAACCAGCAAAGGUAUACUUAGUAGAAAUAAUGUGGGAAAAUUUGAUGGUUUCGUUUUCUCUAAUGUGUCUGUUGCGCCAGAUUGGGUUUACCUGACUGCUAAAGCGAUGAAUAUUAAUGCUAGCAGGCCAGCGAAUUCCUCCAACAUAACCUGGUCUUUAAGAGUGAGAGCGAAUGCUAGGCACAUUGUCCGGGCUCAUUUCUGUGACAUUGUUGGUUCGGCGCCUGGUAACGUUAUAUUUAACUUGUAUUCAAAUGGCAACAUCCGCAAAGAGGUUGGCAGGGCUCCUCUGUCGUCUGUUCCUUUCUACUAUGACUUUGUGGUGAAUUCUAGUGCGUCUGAACUCAUUAACAUCAGCAUAAGACCUAGGAAUGAUUCUGCAGAACCAAAUGCAUUUCUAAAUGGGCUAGAAAUAUUGGAGAUAAUGGAGGGAAAAGGUUCAAUUCCUCAUGUGGAAGUGCCCAAGAAGAAUAUUGUGGCUGUGGUGGUUGGCUCAGUUCUUGGGGGCCUGUCACUCAUCUGCAUUUUAGUAGCUGGAUUUGUGUUCCGUUUGAGACAAAGAAAGGCAGAGAAGCAAGUUGAAACUUCAGACUGGUCACCAAUGCCUGCAAAUGGCGGGAGUUCCUACAGCAAAGUGACUGAAAGAACCAUCACUGGUUCACCUAUGAAUCUGAUGAAUCUUGGGUUGAAGAUAUCUUUUGCCGAAAUUCAGUCGGCAACUCACAACUUUGACACCAAAUUUCUGAUAGGUAAGGGUGGCUUCGGGAAUGUAUAUAAAGGGACUCUCUUUAAUGGCACCAAGGUAGCUGUAAAGCGUGCUUAUAAGCGAGAUGAGCAAGGUUCAGGAUCCGGCCAAGGCCUUCCAGAAUUCCAAACAGAGAUUAUGGUAUUGUCCAAGAUCCGCCACCGCCAUCUUGUGUCCUUAAUUGGGUACUGUGAUGAAAGGUGUGAGAUGAUACUAGUCUAUGAGUUCAUGGAAAAGGGGACCUUGAGAGACCAUUUGUAUGAAUCGAACUUCCCUCGCUUGACGUGGAAGCAAAGACUUGAAAUUUGUACUGGAGCAGCAAGGGGUCUUCAUUAUCUCCACACAGGUGCAGCUGGGGGAAUCAUUCACCGUGAUGUCAAGUCCACCAACAUAUUGCUUGAUGAAAACCAUGUUGCCAAAGUUGCUGACUUUGGCCUUUCGAAAUCUGGCCCUCUUGAUGAGACGCAUGUCAGCACAAAUGUCAAAGGCACUUUUGGUUACCUAGAUCCUGAGUAUAUGAUGUCUGAACAGUUGACAGAAAAAUCUGAUGUGUACUCAUUUGGUGUAGUUCUUCUUGAGGUGUUAUGUGGAAGACCUGCUAUUGAUCCAACACUUCCAAGAGAGCAAAUGAACUUAGCUGACUGGGGAAUGCUUUGCAAGAAAAAGGGGUUGCUUGAACAGAUUGUUGAUUCUCCAUUGAAAAGUCAGAUUGAUCCCAGCUCACUGAGAAAGUUUGGUGAGACGGCUGAGAAGUGUUUGCAAGAAGAUGCUUCUGAUAGGCCAACAAUGGCCGAUGUGCUGUGGGAUUUGGAGUAUGCAUUACAGCUUCAGCAAACAACGAAGCUGAAAGAGGCUUAUGAGGACAGCACAACCAUUGAUGCUUCAUCAGCUGCAUUCGGUUUGCCAAUUGUUCAGCGUUUUCCUUCACUUGGUUCGACCAUAAAUGGAGAUGAUAUGAGGGACAACGAAUUGGACACGACAGAAAAUGAAAUUUUCUCCCAAUUGAAAAUUGGUGAUGCCAGAUAGAUUUAAGGUUCGUCAGCUUACAUUAAUUUUGUUUUUGUUUCUUUAGCCU